GAUUUGAGGACCACAAGGUUCAGAGUUUGUUCUGGCAGUUAUAAUAAUUUUUAAACUAAAUUUCAGCAUUUUCUCUUUUUUUGUCUAAAUGCAUUAAAAUAAAAUAGAAGACAAUGAGCAUAACUGCCCAACCCCCCGCAGGCAGAAUUGUGUACAGCUAUCACUGCUCAGGCUGUGACCUCAGUUUCAUUGUCAUGAGCCAAAGUUCAUGUUGCUCUUCCAACUGCAUGGAACUUUAAUCGACAGAACGGACAAGAGAGGACUUAUCAAAAUAAGGAAACAACACGUAUAUGCGCAGUCCUGUACGAUGACUCAUCAGCACACAAACUGUUAAACUGAAAGUGGAGUAUGGUAAAAAGUGUAAUGGUAACCUAUACCCUGUGGGCUCUUGGCGGUCUUUUGGGCCUUCACCACUUUUACCUAGGAAGAGAUAGUCACGCUCUGUUAUGGAUGCUAACACUAGGAGGGUUUGGGUUUGGCUGGAUCAGAGAGGUCAUACGUAUUCCAGUGUACGUUGAUGAGGCCAAUAAACAGGAAGCAGCAGAGAGAAAGUGGAAACGAUCCCCAACCAUGGCUCCUCCACCUCCAAGCCCUGUCAGAUUUGCUGGGCAGGUGUGUGUUGGGAUCUACUUCGGCACUGUGGCCCUGAUAGGACUUAACACCCUCAGUUUCUUCUAUCUAAUUGUUCUGCCUUUGUUUGUGGGUGCGGGGGUACAUCUGGUGUCAAACGUUGGUCAUCAGACUUCAGAUCUCCAAAAAACUCUCAUUGCCUCUGUCAUAACCUCUUCUAUAUUCUACGGCAGCAACCUGUCACCUCUGCCCAUUAGCCUGGCAGCCAGUAUCACUGCUGCACAACACCGGCGGUACAAACCUCCACAUACCCAUGGCAGCACACAACCUUUAGGUCCAAGGCUUUAUAAGCUUAGUCUUGCUUGGUUGGCCUUCUCUGCUCCCCUGGGUUACUGUGUGUUCCACAACACCACAGCCACACUGUACUACCUGUCCGACUGCGUCGCAGCACUGCUGGAUUUUUUCUGGUUUUUCCCUUGGCUCCGAACUACGCUAGAGUACAUUCUUUUAAUGCCUUACCGGAUCCUGUGUGCCUUGACUGGAGGAGGGUACUACGAAGAUGCUUGGAGGAAGAUGCUGGAGAUAUUGCUCAAAGAAUACACAGAGAGAGAAAAAGAGGCACUACAGGUGUUGUCCCUGGAAGCAGAGGCCUCUCUUGAAGAGAUAACUCACAGCUAUAGGGAGCUGGCUAAGACGUGGCAUCCAGACCACAAUCCAAGCAAGGAUGCAGAGACAAUGUUUGUGAAGAUAAAUGAAGCUUAUGACCUCCUCCUACGGCGCCAUAAACCAAAUCGCUUCAAAUAGAUGUUCUCUGUCCAAAAAAAUCUGAAUAAAUAGUG